UUGAGCAUCCUCCGUGUUGUCCAGACACGUCUCACGUUCUCCAACGUCGUUUCGUUCGCUUUCGUCGCAUCUCGCGAUACCGGUACUGGUCCCGGGCCAAUCGCGUUCCCGCGUCAUCUCGUUAAGAAUCACAAAAAGUGGUCGGCCCGAGUUCACGUCCGUUGAGUAAGAAAAUAACUUGUAAAUUCACAAUCGCAACCGAACAGGAAGCAUCCUGUAGUCACCAGAUUCAAUCAUAAUCGAAUAGAAAACAAUAAUUUAGGAAUUGGAAUCAAGUAGAAGACAACUUGACGGAUUUUAAGACAGACCGAGGUCAAGUAGAUAGGUGAACCCGACAAGUUCACGAGUUGCAUUUUAGCUAAAGGCAACUCGACAAGUGGCCGUUCAUCAAUGUUAUCAAUCAACAUGCGCGUAUUCAAGACUGUGCUACUCAUUGCGUUUUUCGCAAGCGUUCAGUGUUUACCCAUCACCGAUAAGCCAACUGAGUCCGAGACUGAUUCCAAGAUCGAGUCUGAGACAUCGAUCAAGGACGAAAUCACAUCGGUGAUACCGCAGGAGUCAGCUGUAACCUUCGCCGCACCAACGUCCACGCUCUCCGAUGCCAUUGAUUACUACGACCAACGGCAGAACGGGACCGAGAACUAUCGCAUCCACUUGGACGGUCUUGUAUUCGUAUUUGCACCGGUCGAGGCAUUGCUCUUGGCCGGCGCCGCCGCUAGUAACUCGGAGCAUAAUAUAUCAACUUCCAGCCAGAAGGUAUCCACUCCGCCGACGAUCCAGUCCAUCAAUGAACUUGACAAACCCAUCAUCGAUAGCGUUCCCAAUAAAACUGAUUUGGCAAUUUCGAAGACACUAAACAAACCAGCUGUACGGUUGGUGAAUUUCUUGGCGCCUUUGAUACGUCACAUACGUCAUGUGCGAGGCACGAGCGUGCACUAAAACAAUUCCUCGAUGCUUGCAAUUCCAAUACGCAAUGUUCCGUCUACAGCAUAUAUUAAGAAAACGGUAUUUCUCUUUCCUUUUAAUACAGCGUGUGCUGUGUUAUGUGUUUCAAACUACAACCAUUUAAAAUGAGAUGUUUAAAAAAACAAUAUAUUCUGUUCAGGGAUAGGAUAUCUGCAUCUACAGGGAUGAUGGACGAGUACUCGUAGAAUAUAACGUGUAUGAUUGACGACUGAAUCGAUGUCGUACCACGCAUUUAUAUGGUGUCUAGUUAUAGUUAAUAAAAGGAUGCGCUAAUAUUAGCAUUAUCCCCGAGCUCAUUUCUCUGUAACGUAAAAGAUGGCUUUUAAAUGAAAAUACAUGAAAUUACAGGAAUGGCGAUUUCAUUCACCUAUCCGUACAAUGUAACGGGCGAUUAUGUUUCAGUAACCACAUAUGUAUUUACAUGUUAAACAAACUAAAUGCAAUAUUCGCUUUGCCAUAAUUCCAGUUUGAUUUAGCGUCACAGUACAUAAAUUAUUAUUCACUUGAUUAUAAACCAAUCGUAAUUGUUAGUCACGAUUUUUUGUAUUAAACAAUUGCAAAUUUUUCACAUGCAUUUA